UUUUGUUAAUGCAGGUCUAUUGCAUUUGCUGCUCAAGUUAACUGCAAAUAUUUGUCUUAAUGCUUAUGCUCUAUCGUACCCUUUCUUAUCUAGUCUUGCUUGAUUUGGAGAAUGCUUGGAUUUUUAUUUUUCCUGGUCUUUUUCCAAUACAUAUUUCCUUUUUCUUUUAUCUUUAAAAAAAUAUAUAUCUCCAGCCUGUUUCCGUUCCUUCAAAUGUUACACGCAAGUCCUACUUAUUCAGAACUAGUAGACUUCUCUGUUUGCAAACCAAAGCUCGAUCCAGCCGCGGGCCCGAGGAUUCUGAUGCAGAAUCGAAAUGUCCUCCUCGUUGAUCACUCCCACUCUGGCAGAUUGGAAGAUGAGGACGAUGAGGACUUGGAACCGGAUUUGGAAAAUGACGACAUGUUCAGUCGUAAAACUGGUGCCUUCUGCUCCACUGUCAACUUGAAACCUUUUCACAGUCAGGAACAAAGCAGCUUUGGCUCCAGCGACUCGGUUGAAAGACUCGUAGCUCAAGAAAGAAGAGACAAAAGCGUCAUUCCUGAUCCGGAAAAGGAUGAUGUGAUCAUUAGGAAGGAACGUGAUUCUCAAACCAAGCCACCGUUGCCUUCGGGUGCACCAGACAUAUACAAUCCCAUUCCCUUCCCAAAUCCGUGGGCUUUGCCAGAGUCACUCCGUUCAAAAUUCCUUUGUCCGCCGAAGCAAGGUUCCGAAGAAUUGGAAGAAUCGGAAAAUGGCGAAGGUGUAUUGCCAUGCCCAAAAAAAGAUGACAUGCUCUCUCGGAGAAUGGCGCUAUCUCAAGCUAAUAAAGCAGUGAAAUCUUCGAACUUUGCUCCUGCCUCAUGCAGUGAAGAGGAUUCAAAGAAGUGGGAGCAAAUAAGGGAGGCCAGCAGAUUGAGACACAAGAGGCAUCAGCUGGUUGAGAGGUUAGGGCGCGUUGCAAGUGUGCGUUUCAUCCCUGCCUCUAAACCAAAUGGGGCAAGUCCCUGCAGUAAUGACUAAGACAUGCAUGAAGUGUGAACAUGUGGAGUUUCUGUAUCAUUGAUUUUUCUAGUAUGUAGUAUUUUGUAUAGGCCAGUUUGACUUACUAGGCCAUGAAUAAGAACAAAUCAUCUUAACAAGCACUUAACUUCCAUUGGUUGUUCCAGAAUUAACGUCUCAACAUUUAAAAAAUAAUAAGCAGCAAUAUUAUUGAUGCCUUGUCACUGUCAUGAUUGGCAACUGCUACAUGUGUGAUAAGCAGUAAACUCAUCGAAUUGCGGCAAAAAAAAGCAUGUUGUUGAGGGGAACAUUGUUUGACUGUAAUAAAUCCUUUUCAUGUUAUCACGUUGGAGUUAUGGAAGCUAAAUUAUGUUCAUUCUUUCUCUGCCUCACUAUAAUUAUAACAAGAUAGCAACAUCUCUUGAAAAAUAGACAAUAGACAAUAGGUGCAGGAGUAGGCCAUUCAGCCCUUCAAGCCAGCACCGCCAAUCAAUGUGAUCAUGGCUGAUCAUCCACAAUCGGUACCAUGUUCCUGCAUUCUCCUUCCAGGUACAUCAGUAACUUUGUGGGGUGAUAUUUAAUAGUAAAACACAAAGUGCUGGAGCAACUCAGAUGGCAGGGAAUAUCCGUGGCGGGAAUGGAUAGGUGACAUUUUGGGUCCGAUCCCUUCUUCAGACUGAGUGUAGCAGGGAGGACUAACUUAUUUGUAGAUCAGGAAAUGUUUGAUAAAUGUUGUUAUAUAACUCAAUCUAAAGGGUAAACAUGUUUUUUUGAUUAGGAGAAUAAAGGGUAUCAAAGUAGGAAUUAUUUUAACCAUUGCAUGAAGUAGGAAUGCUUGUUGGAAGGCUGUUAAUGGAAUGUUCUUUAGAUUACUCAAAGCACAGCAGUUGGUACAUUUUAGGAAUAUUAACAUAUUUAGUAUAUCCUCCUGCCAUAAUCUGAAUUUCUACAGUGGAUGUGAAAAUAACUCGGUCAAAUUAAAAUGGGUAUUCAACCCACCUGACAGUAUCCCUGAAUCCAUUGCUGAUACAGGAAUGUAUCUUCGAAACACAAUUUUACUACUUUAGUUUGACAUUAAAAAGCAAAACCGCUCCAAGUCACUGAUACCUGAAAAGAGUUGCAAGUUUUUGUGGGCAUAACCAGAUUGGUUCUCACAUUGCAACAGAAUGGCAGUGACUAGUGGGGUCUUGCAAGGCUUGUUGCUGGGACCGCAGCUAUUUACAAUAUACAUUAAUGAUUUAGAUGA